AUGCAAACUGAUAAUGAGGUGUUAUUAUGUAGUCUCGACAUUGAGUUAGAAGCACCCAAUAAAUGGCCGAUCUACGCUUGUUGUGAAGGUUCGAAGUUAGUCAAUGUAACGAUCGAUAGUAUCGUUCUCUUUUACGCUCUCUAUGAAACCAGAUCAAUAAGCGAAUUGUAUUCGAAUGAAGAGUUGGACGAAAUGGAAGAAAUUUUGCGUGCUGCAUCGAAGCUGGUCAAUUCAGUUGGUGAGUUUCGUUGUUAUUUGUUUGUUGUUUUUGUAAUUUGUUUGUCGAUUCGGUUAGAUAGUGUCAUUAUUUUUGUUUGA